CUUACCAAUGUGGCUAACAUCUGCAAUAUACAUUUUGUCAAUAAUUAUUUAUAUUACUGUACUAUAUCCGUUUGACCUUCUGAUCGGAGGCAGUCCAUGCAACGACCUCUCCAUGGUCAACCCUCUGAGAAAAGGAUUAUUCGAGGGAACUGGACGUCUGUUCUUUGAGUUGUACCGCCUGAUGACGCUCAUGAAGCCGAAGGAGGGCGACGACCGCCCGUUCUUCUGGCUGUUUGAGUACGUUGUGUUCAUGAGUGGCCACGAUAAAUCAGACAUCUGCAGAUUCCUGGAGUGUAAUCCGAUCCUCAUUGAUGCAGUGAAGGUCAGUCCUGCUCACAGAGCGCGAUACUUCUGGGGAAACCUCCCCGGCAUGAACAGACCUCUGGCUACGGCUAUGGAUGAUAAAGUCGGCCUGCAGGACUGCUUGGAACUUGGACGCAUGGCAAUGUUUAAAAGGUCCCGCACCAUCACAACAAAGUCCAACUCGAUCCGGCAGGGGAAGAUGGGCCCGCUGCCCGUCACCAUGAACGGAAAAGAGGAUUACCUGUGGUGCACGGAGAUGGAACAGAUCUUUGGCUUCCCCAAACACUACACCGAUGUGAAUAACAUGGGUCGAGCUCAGAGGCAGCAAGUGCUCGGGAGAUCCUGGAGCGUCCCGGUGAUCCGACACCUGUUCGCCCCGCUGAAGGACUACUUUGAAUGUGAACAACAACUUUAA